GAGGCGAGUUAAGAGUUCUCAGUUUGAGUGAGCUCGUCUACUGAGAGAAAGACUGUGGGUGAAACUUUCGAGAUGAAAAAUAGAGAGUUCCAAAACUCGCCGAUUGGAGGCAGCACUUCCUUAUCAUAUUCUUGAAGACUCACAUGUGUUUACUUUUUUCACAUUUGACAUCUUGCAGGAGGUUAUUGUUGAACAAUAAACCACAAAUUGAAUUAAAAAUAUUUAGCAUUAUAUUUUAAUAGAAAAUUAAUUAAAAUUACUAACAAUGGAUCGAUGGGUACACGACAAUCUGUCAUUGAUAUUAGACUUUCCAGUUCCAGAGGAUCUAACUCAGUACAUUCUUCAAAUUCACAAUGAAAGAGAUUUAGAUGAUUACCUUAAAACUUUAUUGGACUUCAGUAAUCCAAAGCAUCGUAAUUUUGUCCUGGAGCUGAAGCGAAAAAAAGGUGCAGAAAAUUUACUGACUGGUUACAAGAAAGUCGAUGACAAUUCUAAUUUUUCCCAGAAAAUAAAUGAGAAGAAGAAAAAUAAGAGCAAGGAGAAAGAAAAGGAAGAAAAUCCACCGGAGAAGCCUGGAAAAAAAAAGUCCAAGUUUGUUAAUAUUUUUUCUGAUGAUGGCAAGGAUAAAUUUACCGUCAUGUUAAAGAACAGGCACAAGUGCGACUGUGAAGCGAAGAACCAUUCUCUAGUAAACAAUUGUCUCAAUUGUGGAAGAAUCGUUUGUGCGCAAGAAGGUCCCGGGCCGUGUUUUUUUUGUAAUGAACUUGUUUGCACUCCAGACCAGCAAGCAAUUCUUGCGAUGCAGACUAAACAGUCAGAUAAUUUGUAUAACAAAUUGAUGGAGCAGAAAGUUAGUAAGGAUCAGAUGCAAGCUGCUUUGCUGCAGAGAGACAAACUUGUGGAGUUUGAUCGCAACAGUGUAAAACGUACUCAAGUAAUUGACGACCAGUCUGAUUACUACCAAUCAACAGACAGCGUCUGGUUAUCAAACAAAGAACGCGCUGAAAUUCAAAAACACCAGGAAGAAAUGAGAAGUCGAAAACACGCCUCGCGUUUGUCAAAAAAAGUAACUCUUGAUUUGUACGGGCGUCAGGUUAUUGACGAGCCUGAAAAUUAUGAUAAUUUGCCAUUACCUCAUCAAAGUCAAGCUCAAAGCUUCAACGAUGUUGUUUGUCCUGACUUGGAGUUCGAUCUUCCUCAGUACGUAGAGACAGAUAAUAUUCUGAAGAAUGUAUCAAACAAUUCAAACGCUUCGACGACUAUCCGUCGAAUUCAAGACAAAGAACUUCUGGACAUGGUUGAUGAAGGAUACUGCCUUUCUAUGCAUCAACCAUAUGCUUCUCUUCUAGUCGCAGGAAUUAAAAUACAUGAAGGAAGAACAUGGUACUCUGCACACCGAGGACGGUUGUGGAUCCACGCUGCGGCUAAAGUUUUUUCCAAAGAAGAAAUUACUGCCCUGGAAGAUCAUUACAAAAAUUUCAAUGAAAAUUAUAUCUUUCCAAAAACAUACCCGGCUGGUUGUCUCAUCGGCUGUGUGACUGUCGUUGACGUUCUCCCGCAAGAUGAGUACCGUAAAAUUUAUCCCGACGGUGAUUCAGACUCACCUUAUGUGUUUAUUUGUCAAGAUAGUCGUGAAUUAUCUUUAAAAUUUCCCAUGCAAGGGAAACAUAAAAUAUAUAAACUGGAUAAACAAAUUCACAAAGCUGCUUUGAAGCAUAUAUAAGUUUAAACAUUUUUAUAUAAAUAUGUCGUUAAAUUAUUUUUUAAGUGACUAAAAGUCAUUUUCAUAUUUAUAUUUAAAUUUAUAUUAAU